AUGGAUAAUUAAGCAUAAGAAGAAAUUAAUAUAGAAGAUAUUCACAAAUAAAUUAAUGAAUAAUCUUUUCUUGGAACAUUUAUCAUCUAGGAUGUUGAAGAUAAAUCACAAAUUUUACUUUGUGUUUGCGUUGUUUAUAACAACAAAUACCCUGGAUUCUAUUUUGAAUCAAUUUUCAACCAUUUUAUCAGAUUUUCAAAUAAAGUGAAAUCUUCUUUAUGA